AUGAACAUUGGAGGCGGUGCCCUUGAAGCCGAUGCUUGGGGGCGAACCACAGAAGGCAUGCAAGGAUCAUUGAACGGCAUUGGAGGGUGCCCCGCAUGGGAUGAGCGCGUUGGGCACAGAGGCGUUUGGGGUGGGUCGGGUAGCAGGGGAGGUAGAGGGGGCAAGGGAGCCUAUAGGUUGAGAAUCGGGUCAUGGAACAUAGGUUCACUAACGAGUAAAUCCAUAGAGUUGGCGAAAAUCCUGCAGAAGAGGAAGAUUAAUAUAGCGUGUGUCCAGGAGACUAGGUGGGUCAGAUCGAGGGCAAAAAACGUGGAUGGGUAUAAGUUGUGGUACUCUGGUGUCCUGAAUGGUAAGAAUGGAGAGGGUAUCCUGGGCAUUGUAAAUGUCGUUAGCGCGUACGCACCACAAGCAGGCUUGGAUGAGGAUAUUAAAAGGCACUUUUGGGAGGGGUUGGAUGAGAUUGUUCGUAGUAUACCGCCUUCUGAGAGGUUAUUCAUAGGAGGAGAUUUCAAUGGUCAUAUUGGGUUAUCUGCAGGCGGGUACACUGAGGUGCAUGGCGGAUUUGGUUUCGGAGAGCGGAACGGAGGGGGCAUUAUGCUGUUGGACUUUUCCAAGGCUUCGAUCUAG